AGUUGAUUGAGGGAUUGAAAUCCGGAAUGCACCAUCAAGCGAGAAAGAGGCGCUCGGAGAUGUACGCUUCUGGUCAGGCACUGAUGGUGUGGUGGUAGUGCCGGCGGUUCUGCCCCUGUACAGGUUUCAAUCAUCUAACGAUGCCACCCCGUACACGGAUAAUUUCCCCCCGCUACCGACCCAAAGCGAGCCUAGUAGCUACCUUUCCUUGUGUAUAUAAUCAACUUGUUCCCUCCCGAAUUUUCCCUUUAGUGGAGCUUCUCCAGGCGCGGUAUUGUUGACAAAGAUCCGUUAAAGUCAUGAAGGCCCUCCGACGCUGUUCAGGGGUGGCAGCAGACAGGAGAAGCAUCCUUGCCGCGCGAUUCGCGGCGAUGCAGCGGUUGCACACGAUGCUUGUGAAUCGUUACGGGGCGCCAACCAGCAACGAAACCAUCACGGCCGUGAUCCGGCUGAUUUUGAACGAUAUCUUCUUCCUGGAAGAAACCGACGAUCUUCGAGUCCAUGUUGAAGAUGCGUUGGAGAUGACCAGAGCUUGUGAUGGUCUCACAGCCCUCGGUGGUGAGGGGAAUCUGCUGGCGAAGAUGGUGGUUAUAUAGGUCAACCCACCUUGCUUCCCAUCGCCCAAUGCUCCCCAGAGCGAAAACACACUGACGGCGAGGUUAGCGUUGACCUCGCCACGGCGAUCAUCCGGGAGGUCCCGGCCUCGCUCUCCCGGGACGAUAUCGCCGAGUACACCGCGUUCGUCAACCGCACCACCCCUACCACCCCACUACUCCCCAUCGGAGCUCUAGCUCGC